GUGACUUUAUUGUGACCAGGAAUGAAAAGGAGUACGGUUGAACCAUAGACUGUGAAAAAAAGGGUUGAACUUUAUAUUCAGUACACUACAGAGAUAAGAAGUGAACAGUCAUCUGAACGGCUUGUUCUCACUGCACGUGCUGCAGGUUUCUGUGAAUCAGCCAUUAAAUUAUUUUCAAGAUGAACGAAGCAGAAAAUACAUCCACGUGUCAAAGGUGCUUGAGAUGUUUUAGAAGUUUUUUACCUGUCGACUUCACAAGAGAAAUUGUUAACUUGUGCUCUCUAGCUCUGCCUGUGUUUUUGUCCUAUCUUUUCGACUAUUUAAUAAUUUUUGUAAGCACUGUGUUUUGUGGACAUCUGGGAAAGAUAGAGCUUGAUGGUGUGACUCUUGCCGUAGCUGUCAUCAAUGUUAUGGGUAUUUGUACUGGCUAUGGCUUGUCCGCAGCAUGUGACACACUUAUUUCUCAGGCUUAUGGAGCUGGGAACUUGCCUCAAGUUGGUGUUAUAACUCAGAGAGCAAUUUUAAUUCUGCUACUCGCAUGUUUGCCAUGCUGCGCCCUUCUUAUCAAUACAGAGUCAAUAUUAGUGGUCGUGGGGCAAAGCCCAGAGGUUGCCAGAGUAUCUCAGCAGUAUGUGAACAUAUUUUUGCCUGGUCUUCCGGCUGCAUUUAUGUUUAUUCUUGAAACGAAAUAUCUACAGAAUCAGGGAAUAAUUUGGCCCCUGGUCAUUACUGGAAUAUUGGCAAAUGUCCUAAAUGUUUUAAUCAACUAUAUCCUCCUCUUUGUCCUGGACAUGGGUGUUCCAGGAUCAGCAGCUGCUAAUACCAUCUCCCAGUACAGUUUGGCGAUCAUAUUGUUUAUCUACAUCCGAUGCAAAGGUCUUCAUAAGGACACUUGGGCUGGUUGGUCGAUGGACUGUUUGCAGGAGUGGGACUCAUUCAUCCAUCUGGCCAUUCCAUGUAUGCUCAUGUUGUGCGCGGAGUGGUGGACUUAUGAGAUUGGAGGGCUGCUGUCAGGUCUGAUAAGUGAAGUGGAGCUUGGAGCUCAGUCAGUUAUGUAUGGGCUGGCAAAUAUUGCUUACAUGUUCCCUAUAGGUUUCAGUGUGGCUGGAAGUGUGAGAGUGGGGAAUGCCAUGGGAGCAGGCGAUGUUGCUCAAGCCAAGCUCUCUGCUAGACUCUCUAUGAUUUGUGCAGUUUCUGUUGCAGUGGUUUUGGCAACUGUCAUUGGUUCCUCAAAGGAUGUAAUUGCUUAUAUCUUCACAAAUGACAAAGACAUCAGAGCUAGGGUUGCCACGGUAAUGGUUUUAUAUGCUCCUUUCCAUCUUCUUGAUUCCACAGCGGCAGCAGGUGGCAGUAUAGUGAAAGGUCUGGGAAAACAGAAAUUUGGGGCAAUCUGCAACCUUGUGGGAUACUAUGGUGUUGGCUGUCCAAUUGGAAUAUCCUUGAUGUUUGCUACUAAAAUGGGAAUUUUUGGUCUGUGGACUGGCCUGUUAAUUUCAGUAUUCCUUCAGUCAGUGUUCUUUAUGGUCCUUCUUUUCAAACUGAACUGGGAAAAAUCCUCUGAAGAGGCACAGAUCAGGGCUGGUGUGCUGCUGAGAAGGACGGAUGAUGAUGCACAAGUGUACGGCGGACUUAUUGAGGACUGUGAUGUGAAUAAUGCUACAGAUAUUGAUGGGCUAGUGGAUGAGCAGACCGAUGUGGUAAUCGCUACAGUGAAGGUGCAGCUGCCAUUGAGGAUGUUAGUGCUGCGCCGUGGCCUGGCUCUGGCAGCUAUGCUUGCGCUCCUUGCUGCUGGACUCAUUGUUAAGUUCUUUCUCAACAGAUGACAGCCUGGUACUGGGGAAAUGUCUUAAAGCAGAGAGAGUCCACCCAGAGCAUGUCAUAGGACGCCACCCAAAAGGUGCACACCUGUGCUACAUGUCCACUUUGUAUCUGAAAAGCAGGUUCAAAGUGGGGCACCUUUCUGGGAUUUCAGAUGUUGUCCAUGCAUUAAGUAUCAGUGCAUUGUUUUGUUUUUACAUGACAUGGGGUGAAUCAUUUUGUACUUGCUCAUAAUGUUUAUAUUUAUUUAUAUAAGCAUACUUAUUCAUCUGACUCUGUUAAACAAAAACAACUUGUACAAUCCCAAGUCCUGUAAUUAAUCCACUCCCUCUCGCUCUCACAUUUUUGCCAUCUCAUGAAUUUAUAUUAAAAAGAGCAAAUGUGUUGCAGAAAACAUGAAUAUCAAAAAGAUGUUUAAUAAUGGGGAAGAAAAUACUAUUGCAAUUUCUGUUUUAUGCAGACUUUAAUUGCUGAGACACACUAUAACUUUGUCACAUAGACAUUGUUCGAUCAACACACAAAUAUCAGCAUCUUUUUAUUAUUUGUGUUUUUUGUCCUCAAGUGACCUGGCUCUAAAUAUAGCUGAUAAAAAAAGACCCAAAACACUCAGAAUAUAAUGGGAUAGUGAUUUAUUGAACCAGGGAUUUAAUUUUGAUAAGCUGCUCUGAAUCAACUGUGCAAUUUUUGCAGCUGUUUUAAAUUAGAAACUAAUUCUAAUUUUAGAUUAUCUUUUUACAAUAAACAAUUAUGCAGA